ACAAAUAACAAUCGGGUGUGAGACGAGCGAGCGAGGGAAGGUUUUCCUAGGUGCACGGGGGGGGGCCUGCAGAGAGCUGCGUCGGAUGCCCCCAUGGGGUCAGCAGUGGUAGGAUCUCAAGGAUAGCUGAAGGAUAGCUGGUUGCUUUAUUUCAUUGAGAUUAUCUGACCCCAGGGACGACUCCGACACCUUUUUCUACAGGAUAUAUGUAUUUUACCUUAACAACAAAAAGAGUUGUGUCUUAAAUAGUAAAUUUUUUUAUUAGUUUUUGUGGUCUACAGUGCACUUCAUCAGGUGCAUAAAGUAUUGUUCUGGGUUAUAGGUAUAUAUAAGGGGUGUUGUAAAAAGGUAAGAAGGAUGCGUAACGCAGAGAAGUACAAGCAGUGAUAACGUUGUACACAGUUUUGUGAGUGUACGAAAUUACAACUUUCUGUACGUUGUUUUUUAUUUUCCUCACUGAUCUCACUUUUUAUAGCCCCCCCCAGCCCUAUAUGUAUAUAUACCUGCAACUCAGGAUAACACUUAAGGCACCUGAUGAUGUGGACUGUAGUGCAUGAAAGCUUAUAAGUUAGCCCUUAAAGGGGCACAAGACUCUUUGGGCACUUCCAGACUGUUGCUGUGUUGGGGUGGGGUUCAACUGCAAGCUACCCGAUUCAAGUUGGCUUCUCACCUAUCCUCUGCAAUUAAGACUUUUUGUGGUUACGAAAGUAGUGAGUAAAUGCACUGGAAAGUGGGAGAAUCCUUGCUUGAGACAGCAUUGAUAACCUCCCUGCAAAUCAGAAUGAAUACUCAAUAAAUAGCCAUCAUUGUCAAGCUUCCUCACAAACUUUGUCCAAACAAAUCAGAAUGAAUGCUCUGUUGUUUUUUGCUGCAAAAUACUAUUUUACUUUGUAUUGACUUUUUUUGGUCAGCUGCCUAGGGAGGACUUACCCUAAAAGGCAGAAUAUGAAUGCAUGAAAUGAGCUAGCAUCAUCUCUGACAUCAUUCUACAACUACCCUUGGAGGUCCAAGUCAUUAGCAGUUUACUGUGACUCCAAGCUUCUAUGUAAAGAUAUCUGAAGUGAUGCAUGGUGGAGUUACUGGAGUAUCGACUAGGCCUGUCUGAGGAAUCAGACAAAAGUUUGUGGUGGAAGUGGGGAAAUCAUGAUAUUUUAUACCUAUCUCUGUUGAGCUGGUGCUUUUAAAACCAUCGGAACAUCAUUUCAAAGAAUUACUCUGAAAGUUGUGAAAUUGCAGCAUCGUCUUCAGCUGGCAAAGAUGCAUACCGCAAAGCCCAGGAUGGUGGUUCCUUAUGGCCUCAAAACUCUACUUGAGGGAGUGAGCAGAGCAGUUCUUAAAGCCAGUCCCUCCAACAUCACUGAGUUUGCUGCUGUCUAUUUCAGGGAACUGAUAAUUUUUCGAGAAGAACACCCUGAGUUAGACAUCAAAGAUCUGGUGAGAGAAUUUCAUAUGACUAGAGUGGAGGGAUGGGCUGAAGGAACCACAGGUGCAACGCAAGUGCCCCGUGGCAAAAGGGCUGAUGUCGGAGAUGCUUUUAGACCAGAUGCAACGACUCCAAUUUCUGAUGAGCCUAAACGGAAGGAGAAAUCUACUGACACAGAAGAGGACCAGAUAAAUGAAGAACCUUGUCGUGAACAGAGCACCAAGACCACUCAAUACCCAUCAACUGUUGAUGAAUUUGUGGUGGACAAGGCUGGGGAUGAAAAGGGAGCUGGACUUGCUUAUGUCCCAGCUGAUCCAGCCCAGCUGGCAGCACAGAUGCUAGGUAACAUUGAACUUGUUGCUUCUGAGCCUGAAUUGAAGGAUGCGGCAGUCUCGGUGCAGACCCUUCCUACGUCAUCCCACAGUGUAGAAAAAGUGGAUGAUGCUGCCCCAGCACUUGCUUCGGCACCUUCCCCAGCCCCAACAGAAGCAGCAGCUGCUGAAGAAGAAGCACCUGCCCCCACAGAAGCAGAACCUGCCUCUGCCCCCGCAGAAGCAGAACCUGCCCCCGCAGAAGCAGAACCUGCCCUUGCAGAAGUCGCACCUGCAGCCUCUGCACACUCUCUCAGGGUUGGGUCAGCCACUCACAGUCAGACCUCCAUUCCUGGGGAGGUAGUUACCUCAGGCAGUCAGGCUGAGCAACCACCUGCCGACAUAAUAGAUCCAGCUUCCUCAGCCCCCUUGCAGGAAGAACAGCCACCCCCGCCACCACCACCUCCUCCUGAUAUUGACCCAUUGCAGGCUGAAUCUUGUUCAAGUGAAAUUGAGCUCACAUCAGACAUACAGAUCACACCCAUGUGUGACGAUGAUCCCGAUGCUGGUGGAGAGCCCCAACCACCACCUUACGUAGAGCAGUUUCCACAGCAAAUAGUAAUUCCUUUCGUAGACACUGUAGCAUGUCUCUUAGAUCCACUAAUGGCUUCGCUAAAUGCAGGUCAGUUUGCUAGUAUUCUAGAUCCAUCUGCAGAUGAUGCAGAAUGUGACCCUGACAGGAUGGAUACUACAGAGGAACUGAGAUCAGCUGACCCAGGUUUUAUUAUGUCAGCCAUGGCAACAAGCGAACCAGGACAGCCACCACCAUAUUCUAAUGUGUGGACUCUCUAUUGUCUAACUGAUAUGAAUCAACAAGGUCGUAAGUCACCUCCACCACCCCUUCCACCUGUUGGUACUGGUGCUCCUGUUCCCCAGGCAACCCUAUUCAUAUCUAGUGGUAAGGACCAGCCACAGUAUCUACAGCCGCAGAUGAUACAACAAGGUCAACCACCACAAGUGUCCUCUCCAACUUAUGUGAUGAUGGAAGAUGGGAAGAAGGGAAAUGCUCCACCUUUCAUUUUAGUGGGCUCUUCUGUUCAGAAUAAACAGGACUGGAAACCCAUCCCCGGCCAUGCUGUCCUUGCACAGCCAGAUGCUGGCGGUACUGUGAGGAGGUUCGCUACAAUCCCUGUACCAGUCGCCAGGGCAGCAGAUCCGAAAAUGGCCAAUCCCAAUUUUAACUCCGCACAGGAUAGCGGCAGGCCUCCAACUCCAGUUUUUCUUUCAGUUGCCAUACCACUGGAAGAUGUGAUGACUGGGAAGAAGGGCUCAGGAGCUGGGGAUAAAGCACCCUUUGCAGGCAGCUAUGGUAUAGCAGGAGAGAUCACAUUUACUACUGCCUCUGUACGCAGGACAGAAUAGCAAAAAGAUCGAGAAGAGGUGCUGUUCAUCAUUUCACCCCAGAAUGGAAACCUGCAUCUUUAAUUAAAAUUUGAUUAACUAAUACGCACAAUAAAGCAAUGCAAGCAAUCUGA